CCGAUGCGUCAAUACGUGACGCAGAGGGAGCCUGACCAAUCGUCCAAAUGUGACGAGUUGGGAGUGAGAACGUGUUUGGAUCAAGGCGAACCGGUUCAACAUCAGCUGUGCCAAUAGAAACAAUUGCUAUCCAAUCCUUCCUGCAGCGCGUUAGAUCUGAUCUGAGUUCAGUUGUACCAACUGGUGCUCUGAACCCACGUCUGUUGCUACGUAGCCACUGAUCUGAGAUCAGCUGUACCGGUCUCGAGUGGGCCUCGUGUUUCCCUCAGUGUUGAUGAAACGCUCAGUGUCUGGGUGAGGUGGUCACUUCGGUGGAGCGUCGUGGAAAACAUCUGUGAACAAGCAGACGACAGGCUGAUUACGGAACAGACAUCAGUGCAAUGCUUCUUCUCAGACGCUGUCACAGCCUGACUCGACUUGGCCCUGUCGGCACUCAGAGGUAUCGGGCGGCUCCUUCUUUGGCAUCUCGUGCAGUUCGUCUCUAUAGCAACAGGAGGGAUGACCAGAGAUCAUACCAGCAUGCCAACAACGGUGCCAGCUGGAAACAUAUUGUUGCCGGGCUGCUGACUGGUACAGGGGUUGUGCUGACCUAUGGUCUACACCACCAAGAGGUUGAGCGAGCAGAUGCUGGCUUGUCCACCACAGCGGAGAGCUCCUGUCUUCCUGUCUUCAGCCACAAUGAAGUCACAAAGCACCACUCUCUGGAGGACGGCGUGUGGGUCACUUUCAAAGGAGGUGUCUAUGACAUCACAGAGUUUGUGGCGAUGCACCCUGGUGGAAAUAAAAUCUUGCUAGCAGCAGGUGGUGCCCUUGAACCUUUUUGGGCCCUCUAUGCUGUUCAUGACCAGGACCAUGUGUUGGAAAUCCUCUCACAAUAUAAGGUUGGCGAGCUGAGAACAGAGGACCUGAAGAAGCGGGAUGAUGCUAAAUCGUUGGACCCCUACUCCUCUGACCCUGAGCGCCACCCUGUGCUUCAGGUCAAAUGCAAAAAGCCCUUCAAUGCCGAGCCUCCUCCUGAGAUCCUGGCAGACAGCUAUAUCACUCCCCGUGUGUUGUUCUUCAAAAGAAACCACCUGCCCGUUCCUCAGGUGGACCCAGCUUCAUAUCGGCUCAACGUGGAGGGAUUGCCAGGAGGAGCGCUGUCUCUGUCUUUAGAGGACUUAAAGACCCGAUUCCCCAAACACACCAUUACCGCUACACUGCAGUGUGCAGGAAACCGUCGCAGUGAUAUGAAUAAGGUAAAGCAGGUAAAUGGACUAAACUGGGGCAUAUCUGCUAUUGGGAAUGCUAAAUGGAGUGGUGUGAGGCUCAGAGAUGUGCUCCUGGCUGCUGGUUUUGGGCCAGAAGUGGCCAAAUGGGCUCGCCAUGUUCACUUUGAAGGACUGGAUAAAGAUGUGACAGGGACAGCAUAUGGUACCUCAAUUCCUAUCAACAAGGCCAUCAGUGAAGAAGGAGAUGUGCUUCUGGCUUAUGAAAUGAACGGCGAGGAUAUUCCUUCUGAUCAUGGCUUCCCAGUGCGGGUUGUGGUACCGGGCGUGGUGGGAGCUCGCAGCGUGAAGUGGCUGGGGCGCAUUGUCAUCAGCACAGAGGAGAGCAGCAGCCACUGGCAGCAGCAUGACUACAAAGGUUUCUCCCCUGGGACCGACUGGAAGACGGUCGACCCUAAAUCUGCCCCGGCCAUCCAGGAGCUUCCCGUUCAGUCCGCCAUCACUGUCCCAGCGGACGGAGCUGUGAUUGACCGCAGCGACGAAACGCUGACCGUGAAGGGCUACGCAUGGAGUGGCGGCGGCAGAGAGGUGGUGCGUGUGGACGUGUCGCUGGAUGGAGGGAAGACGUGGCAGGUGGCCCAGCUGAGGAGCGGUGACGAAGGACAACCCACUGAGCCUUCACCUCCUCCGGGUCAAGCCUGGGCCUGGAAGCUGUGGGAACUAACUGCUCCUCUUCCUCCUGAGGCCAAGGAGCUAGAGAUUAUCUGCAAGGCAGUGGAUAACAGUUACAACGUUCAACCGGACACAGUCCUUCCCAUCUGGAAUUUGAGAGGCCUGUUAAACAAUGCCUGGCACCGAGUGAAGGUCAAGGUCACCGAGGAUUAAAGGGAGGCACAGGUUCAGUGGUUUAUGCCAAAAACUGAGUCAUCAUGGUGGCAACUGUGUUUUAUAUCUGACUCAGUCAUAAAUAGCAACAGGAAUCUGUAUUUAUGUGAUCAUGUUGCUUGGGAGAUUUGAAAGAUUUACUGAGAUACAAGAUGAAAGUUGUAUAAAUAAACCGAAACAUCUUAGUUGUA